AUGGCGCAGGUCAUCCGCGAGCUGGCGGCGGCCAACGGCUGGGCCGACAGGGUAGUCGUCGUGAACAAGGUGCUGCAGAACAUCGGCGAUGUGGAGGUGCCCGAGCAGGUCGACGUCAUAGUGCACGAGACGCUGGGGAACUUCCUCUUCGCGGAACGCGGCAUCGAAACGGUGCUGCUCGCCAGGCAACGCUUCCUCAGACCCGGCGGCAAGCUUUUCCCGGCCUUCGCGACGCUCUGCCUGGCCCCGUUCGAGGACGCGCACAUCUACCAGGCGCGAAGAAUCAAAGCCAGCAACCUCUGGGCCGACACCGACUUCUUCGGGGUGGACCUGUCCUCUCAGGAGGGUCGCGCACGCUCCGAGCUCUUCGCGCGGCCGCUGAGCGACCAGUUUCACCCCGACCAGCUGCGGGCGGACGCCAGCACGCAGGCGUUUGACUUCCGCACGUUGUUGCCGGAGGAGCUGCAGGACUUCUCCGUGGGGCUCGCCUGCCGCGCCAAGAGCACCUGCGUCGUGCACGGCGUGGCUGGUUGGUUCGAGGCCCACUUCGAGGGCUCGGCGUGCAGCGUGAUCCUCUCGACGUCGCCCUGGGACUGCUGCACCCACUGGUGGCAGACGCGGCUGAUGCUGGAGCAGCCCCUCGCGGUCAACGAGGGCCAGGCCGUCAGCGGGUCGGUGGCGUUCGCGGCCUGCGAGGGGAACACCUACCGGUGCCGGCUGGUCCUCGAGAGCGGCGGCGUGCGCCGGGAGCAGGCCGGCAUGGAGCUGAUCGACACGGACGGGACGCACCGCAGCGUCAAGAACAAGACCGUCCAGCUGCAGUCUGGGGCCCAGGUCCUCACGCGGCCGAUCACGGGGGGGCAGCACAGCUUCCGAGAGGAGCUGGACGAGCGCCAGCUCGCGGCGGCCUACGCCGCGGCGCACGCCGCGGCGCUGCGCCACUCAGCGGGCGACGCCGGGGGGGCCGCGGCGGGCUGA